CUCGAAUACGAACCGUAUACUCCGUACAUCAUACUCUACUCCUCGGCCCCAUGCUCCCCGAGUACGCCAAAGACCAGCCUGCAGGCUUCACCAACCGCAUUGAGCGAGUGGCUGUCGUUGGUGCUGGUGGCUCCAUCGGCCGACAUAUCGCCACUGAGCUUGUUAAGACAGGCAGACACACCGUUACCGGCUUAACUCGGGCAGAUAGCAAGAACCAGUUGCCGGCAGGGGUGAAGCCUGCUUACAUCAACUAUGAUGAUGAAUCUACCCUUGUCACGGCCCUACAAGGCCAGCAAUUCCUCGUAAUCACCAUGUCAGUUAUGGCGCCACCGGACACUCAAUCCAAAUUGUUUCGAGCUGCGGCCAAGGCUGGCGUUCCAUAUAUAAUGCCCAAUGGUUACGGGUCUGACUUCACGAACGAUGCCCUCGCCCAGGAGACGCGCAGGGGAGAUGUGAUUCGCAAGUCUCUUCGAGAGAUUGAGGCAACGAAUGUCUGCUCGUGGGUUACACUUGUCUGCGGCUUCUGGUAUAAGUUUAGUAUGGCCCGGGGCGCAGAGUGCUUUGGACUCGAUGUGACGAACAAAACGUUCGCCUUUAUUGACGACGGGAAAACAAAAACCAAUAUCAGUACCUGGGACCAGUGCGGUCGAGCGGUCGCAGGACUUCUGAGCCUAAAGGAAUUGCCAGAGGGCCCGGACGAUACGGGCCCAACAGUGAGCACCUGGAAAAAUAAGCCUCUGUAUAUCGCCAGCUUCACAAUCAACCAGAAAGACAUCUUCGAGAGUUGGAAAGGGGUUACUGGCGAUAAGGAUGAGGAAUGGACGAUUAACUAUGAGUCUAGUAGGGCACGGUAUGAACGGGGCCAGGAAAGACUUCAGGAAGGCGAUAAAAUGGGGUAUGUGCAGAUUCUCUACACACGACAAUUCUACCCGAAUGGGGACGGUAACUCCGGGGAGAAACAUGGCCUGGCCAACGGCACCCUGGGACUGCCCAGGGAGGAUCUCGAUGAGUGCACCAAGCGUGCCAAGGCGAUGAUCGAAAGCGGGUAUGUCUACCACUGAGAAGUAGACAGGCAGAUAGGCAGAUAGAGCAGCACUGUUUCCAUGAUCCAAUGCCCUGACGGGGAAAAACAG